CCGAAAGUUGCGUUGCAACUUAUGCGGCCACCUGUUUCAGGGUGGGUCGUCGAAGGCCGCGCGUCAUUUCACGCAGUCGAAGUUCUGCAAGGCUGGGGGGAUGAGAGUUCUCGCGGAACUCUGGAACGACACGGACUACACAUUUGUGUCGUCCACUGCUCAGCAGGUGCAGAGGUGGAUGGUAGACAAGGGCAUACGGGACACGAGAGCACCCGCGGGUGGCCAGAGACAGCGGAUGGACGACGCAGAGAGGGACGACAUUCUGGACACCCUCGAUGAGGAGGAGGGCCGCGAGGGUGGGGCCAGGGAGGGGAGGGUGGCAGACGAGGCAAACGAGGCAGUCAGAGAGCCUGAUCUGCCAGGGGAGGAGGUGCCGAUGACGUCAAGAGGUGUUGGUCGAGCGGGUCCUGCUCCUAGGGCGCCGCGACCUGAGUUGGACCGCGUGAGGAGGGAGAAGAGGACAGUGGGGCAGGCUGGCGUCGAGGUGCGAGACACGGGCAGGGAGAAGAGGGUUCGGCAGACCACGAUUGACGAGAUGUAUGCCAGGGAGAAGUUAGCCGAGUUCACAGACACGUGGCUUCAUUGGAUCUACGUGAAGAAGUUGCCAUUCAACGCCUUCCGUGGUCCGAAGUUCCAGAGGGUGCGGCAGGCAGCAGAGAGAGUGCCUCGCUCUAUCCAGUUCCGGUUUCCCUCCUACAGGGUUACAGCGGGCGCCAGUAUCCCUUCGCAGAGGGCGAAGGUGGCGACGAUGGUGAGCGAGGUGCGCGCCACUUUCCGGCACAGCGGUGCCACUAUCCUUUCUGAUGGGAGGAACUCACGCAGCGGCAAGCCACUCGUGAACUUCCUCGCCGGGGGUGCCAAUGGCGCCCUGCUGUACGCCACCGUCGCACAUGACGGGUUGGUCCGAGACACAGUCGACGUCGUGUACCGUAGGUGGCGGGCCAUCAUCUUGUCCUUUCCUGCAAAGGACAUGAUCGGCUUCUGCACAGACUCCGCCAGUAACUAUACGGCGGCAGCGCACAGGUUCGCCACAGACCCCGAGCCUGACAUCAGGAGGAUCACUUGGCUCCCCUGCUCCACCCAUGUCUGUAACUUGAUGUUGUCAGAUAUCGGGACGCGAGUGGUGUGGGUCAAGGAGACCAUCAUCCGCGCUCGAGCGCUUGUGCGAUUUAAUAAAUCGCACGGCGCUGCUCACACCCUAUUUAGGAAGGUGAGCCCUCGCGUUCAGCUCGUCGAGCCCGUUGAGACACGGUUUGCAUCGGUUUUCCUGAUGCUGACGUGUCUCAAAGGCCGACGAGACGCGUUGGAGAGCAUGUUGCACGGGGAUGCUUGGGCACGCAUCCCGUGGGAUCGUGCCCACGUAUCUCAGGCGCAGUGGGUGCAGCAGCAGAUCCGGGAGGGGGAGUUUUGGCAGCGUGUCCACUACGUCAUCCUAGUCAUGUCGCCCGUCCACCAGCUGUUGCGCAGGAUGGAUAGAGAUGGGAUGAUGAUGUCCGUCGUUUACGAGUGGAGUCAGCAUCUGCUGCAGUUGAUGAGGAGGGUGGACGUGCCGGAGGACAUGAUCCAGCCGUGCGUGCGUGAGGUUGCCAUCCACAACCUCCACAUGCUAGAGCCCGCACAUGUCGCGGCCGACCUCCUCAACCCUCGUCGAAGGUCCCUCACGUAUUACCAUUCGCUGCAGACGACCGCCGACGACCAUCGUGUGGUCGAGGAGUGCGACAGAUUUCUCCUAGCGCAGACCAGCAACGAUCCGGUCGGCUUAUUGUACAGGAGCCUAAGGGACCAGAUGAGGGCGUUCCACUCGAGGCGAGGGGUUCGGGGAGAUCGUGACCUCUCCGAUGCCGAGGCGGCCGAUUGCAGGGGGGACAGCGAGACCGAGCGAUGUGCAGCGUGGUGGUUUGAGCAUGGACGUGCCCACCCGGAGUUGCGCAUCAUCGCCAUCCGUGUCAUGCACUUGUGGACGUCUGCCUCUCUAGCGGAGAGGAACUGGGCGGAGCACGAGCGCGUCAGCACGGCGAGGCGCUGCAAGCUUGGGUUCGCCAAGCUUGCACAACUGGUUGAGAUUGCCACCAAUCUCAAACUGGCCUCAUGCGCACGGCAGGGUGGUGGCUACGUGUUGCCAUGGGUUAUGGGGACCGGUCGGGGGGGGACGGCGGCAGAGGAGGAGGAGGAGGAGGGAGAUGUGGAGCCCGAGGUGUGGGGAGCGCAACCUGGUGGCAGUGUUCUUGAGCAGGAGAUCCAGCUGCAGAUUGUCGCUUUCCAGGGUGGGGAUGAUGUGGACGCUGCUGCGGCAGACGACGGCAUCGACGACGACUGGACUGAAGAUGAUGACACGCCGCUGAGUCGCGACCCGACGGCUGAGCGAGUGUACUUCACUUACGGUAGGGGUCGUGACGACAUGGAUUCGUUCACAUCAGUUAUCACUGGUGAUGUGCCGUCGACCGCGCCGGCGAGUGGCAGCAGCAGAGACAGCGGUGGUCGUGGAGGACGUUCGCAUGCGGAGGUUCGCGUGGACGACUCGGGGGAGCAGCAGCCACGGGGAGGUCUUCGGCAAACAGGCAGGCGUUGGGAGAGGGACUUGGAGAAAGGAGGGGGGGGAAGCCGUGACGUCGAUGACUCGGGUGUCCCUGAAGAGGCGGUUCAAGGGGAGUUCGAUUAUGAGGGGCAGGAUGCCGCCGCGGGUGGUGGGUCAGAUGGUGGACGGCGCGGCAACGAGGAGACCGCGGGUGUCCCUGAGGGGCAGGAUGUUGUCAUGGGCGGUGGGUCCCCUAGUGUCCCUGAGGGGCAGGAUGUUGUUAUGGGCCGUGGCGACAGCGAGACCGCGGGUGAUGAGGAACAGGGUGCCACAGUGUGCGGCAGAAGAGAGGGUGGACCCGGUGGAGAUGGGGAUACCGCGGGUGUCGGUGGAGAUGAUGGACCGGACGGCGACGAUGACGACGACCACGGUCCCGAGGAUGAUCCGUAUAGGCUCGCCUUGGUGUUGAGGGACCCAACAGUGCCUCCCUUGCGCCCUGACGACACAGCGCACACUUUCUUCGACGUCGACGCUUUGGCGCAUGCGUUGAUGGAUGACCCUUUCGCACACGUGAGCCGCAAGAGCGGCAAGCAGAGGGCCCCUGGGAGGGUAUAUUCACCGCCACCGUUCACAGUGCAGAGCCCUCACUGGUCGGGUUCGUCGCUCAGCGGCGUUAGAGGGAGCGAGUCCGGUGCGGGUGAGGUGGGGUCCGGCAGACCCAGCGUCGGCGGCAGAGAUAGUGCAGGAUUGAUGCCUCCACCGCCCGCACGGACUCCGGAGGCCAGGGUCGACACCGGGGACCGGACGGUGGCACCCGGAGUUGCGCACAGUGGCGGUUCCCCGCCGCCAGUCCGAGGAGGUGUGGGUGGCGGAUGGGCAGCUGUUCGUGGGGUCGGGGACCGGUUGCGGGCGGAUUACGACGCCGGGAGGGGCGUCUUCACGGGACGUACACCUGUUCAGACGCAGGCUGUGGAGGGUGAUUCCGGACGUCCGAGCCUGCAGAUGGCAGGCCGCAUGCUUGGUUUGUCACGAGCGGAGACGAGGAGAUCAUUGGUCCUCGAGGCCCCAGGGACAUCCACGGACAGGCUGCGGGGAGUGCAGUUCACAUCGGGCGAUGAGGGGUUGUUGAUGCGUCCCGGAACGAGACGACAGCAUGGCCUCUCGGAGGUUGAGGCUCGACUCGCUGCAGGGGUCGCCGCUGGGCAGGCAGCAUUGGAUGCGAUUCAGAGGGAGAGAGAGGCGGAGGAGGACGAGGACGCAGACACUGAGUCAGAGUCGAUCGAGACUGCGGCCCGCAGACACAGGGCACACGUGGCCGCGGCGGCCGCUGCAGCACAUGCGGCAUACGUCAGCGGGGCACGGGGCACAGGUGCCGGAGGGAGAGGAGGGCGCCGGGGAGGACCGCAUGGCCACCCGUCCUCCGGGAGAGGCCGCGCGCACUCUGGUGGGAGAUGACGACGUCCGUGGGUUUUUUUUUUUUUUCAUUAGUUUUGUUUUGUUUUUCGCGUGGCUGUACAGCCUGGACGCU